AACACGUGGGCUUCUACCAAGAUUAAUAACUGUCAUCCUUGUCCAAAUUAAAAGAAAUCCAAAUACACAUUUAGAAACACAACAAGAAAAAUAAUUAUCAGAUAUAGUAUGUUAUUAAACCAAUACUUUUGUUUAUUCUCGCUCUUUUGCAUAGUUUAAGCUAGCUCUAAUCACCAUUAAUGACGAUGAACCCAUUAACUUUCUAAAGCCAAUCAAAUAAUUCUUCGAAAACCUGACCCACCUUAUAUUGAGUUCAAGUUUAAGUGGUGGUCCAUGGAAGAAACUAUUAUUUUCGAAUAUAUCUGAAUUUAUAUAUGUUAUUCAAACUGAAUAUACAUUGUUUAUAUUUAGUUCCUAAUUUUUUUUAUCAUGUGUUUAAAGUAAAAUAAAAAACAAACUUGGCCCACACUCCACAGUUGUGCCCUCUUUACCAAAACAGAAACCCUAACACUAACUCUCUCUUGCAUAUAUAAAAACAAACCUCUUCCACUCUCUCUACUCAUAUCUCUAAUCACUGAAACAUAAUACACACAAAAUAAGCAUUAACAAAUGGCAGCUAAUUUAGCCUUAUGUGACAGUGAUGUAGAAGAAGAUUACAUAGACAUGGAAGUAACUUCUUUUACAAGCCUCGUCCACAAAACCCUCAGCAACAACAACAACAACCCUCGAGAGUUCGAGUUCCAAAUGUCUCACCUUGGUCCUCUCCAGAUAGACAAAACCACUUCUCCUGCUGACGAACUCUUCUACAAAGGCAAGCUUCUCCCACUCCACUUACCUCCACGUCUCCAAAUGGUCCAGAAUCUUCUAGAAGAUUACACCUUUGACGACGAUUUCUACAGCACACCUUUAACCACUCCGGUGACAAGCAACACACCGUUUGAGUCUUGCACCGUCUCUCCAGCAGAGUCUUGCCAAGUGAGUAAAGAGCUUAACCCUGAAGAGUACUUCCUCAACUAUUCAGAUUCAUUAGAGGAGAAGAAAUCUUGGGGCAAGAAACUGAAGUUGAUCAAGCAGUUAAGUUUUGGAACGAAGAUUAAAGCUUCGAAAGCUUAUCUAAGAUCCUUCUUUGGGAAAUCAAGUUGUUCUGAUGAGUCAAGAGUUGCUGACGAAGGAUCUGUUUUGAGGUAUUCACGAGUGCAGCCUCCUUUUGGACAAAUCAAAACAGAGAAACCUAAAAAACAGAGUAAUGGUUCUGUUUCUGGGAGCCAUAGGAGUUCUUUUUCGGUUUCUAUGAGGAGACAGCCUGCGAAGAGUUCGAACAACAAAUCAUCUACUAGUUCAGGGUUUCGCCCGUUGCAGUUUCUGAAGAGAAGUACGAGUUCGAGCUCAGAGAUGGAGAAUUCUGUUCAAGGAGCUAUCUUGCAUUGCAAGCAAUCUCAGCAACAGAAGCAGUGUAGUGUUAAUGAGGUUGGAUUCUGUUCGUUGUCAGCUUCAAGAAUCGUAGCGACGGAUGAUCAAGAACGGGUUCAGCUCUUCAGGGGUUAACUAAGGAAUUAAAUUGUACGUCAAGAUGAUGAGACGAUAAUAAGAGUCGAGUGAUAGUGAAAACACUAGAGAUUAGAUUCCUUGUUAUCUUCUGACUUUUUAUCUGAUUUUGCUUCUUUUAUGUUAUUUAAUGAGAUUU